UGGUGCUAACAAAAGCCGCACUAUAAGAAAAAGGAUCCUAUAAAUAAUGGACAUUCGUGCCUUGCAUCUUCCAUUCUUUCCAAAGGGAGAGAGUUGGCUUUGGUUCGUUCGUUAUUAAGAGAUGAAGAGAUUAAGAGAAGAAGGUGACCGGGUAGAGAGCAUCAACAUGGCUAGAGUCCUCAUAUUUCUCUCUCGGGGUGAGGAAGAGGCCCGGGACUCGCCGGGGCGGGUGUUCGAGUGCAAGACGUGCAACCGCCAGUUCCCGUCGUUCCAAGCGCUCGGCGGCCACCGGGCGAGCCACAGCAAGCCGAGGCUGGUGGGCGACGGCCAGGGCCAGGGCCAGAGCGCGCUGGGGAAGCCCAAGGUGCACGCGUGCUCCAUCUGCGGGCUGGAGUUCCCGAUUGGCCAGGCCCUAGGGGGUCACAUGAGGCGCCACAGAGCGGCGACCGAGAGUUUUGGGCACGGGCUCGUGGAGAAGAAGCCUGAUGGGAAGAGGGCAUUGUGGCUGGACCUGAACCUGCCGCCGUCCGAGGUGCUGGGCGACGUGGAGUCCAGGAAAGUAGGGCUUAGUUUCGAGUUUGUAGAGAAGAGUCCCAUGGUGGUGGACUGCUUCCAUUAAUCGAACAUGACCUUUUGGAUCAUUGUUUAGUUCUUUCUUGCCUUUUUUUCCUUUUUUUUUUUUUGUCUUAGUGUACAUGGUCCUUUUGGGAUAUA